UCCAGCCAGCCCUGGGGAAGUUGCCAGGGCCGAGCACCCUGCGAGACAGCGAGGCUGCCUGGCUCCCACGGCUGAGCACCCACGCGCUGGGCUGCCGUGCACCCUUCCUCCCUGCGGGACAUCCCCUGGAACAGGUAAACCAACAGUGUGGGGCUGGACCCCAGGCUGGCUCCCAGGGGGCCCAGGGGUGCCCCAUCCCACGGAGCCCCAAGCUGCCGUAAUUUGCCCAUCGGGGACAUCGUGCUGCCACAAUUUGCCGUGUCCUCUGCUCAACAGGCCUGAGCGUGCCAGCCUGGUGCUAUGCGAUGCUCCCUGAAGCGCUCCGUCACAGCUGUGCUUGCAGCCUCCUUCCUCCUCCUUCUCCUCCUCCUCCUCCAUGGGGGCAGCCAGCAGGAACAGGAUCACCCGGAGGUGGAGCUUAGGGGCUUGGCCCCAGACACCAUCCUGCAGAUGCUGCAGCCGGAAGGAGCCCAGCGCAUCCUCAGGGACUUGGAUGAUCUCUCUGUGCUCCACAACAUCUCCUACCACCUCCUCGCUGGCUCCCCGUCACCCCACAAAAAAUUCUUGGCGGUGGGUUUGGCAUCAGUACGGCGGCCACGUGGCUACUACCUCCCGGCCACGCUCCAGUCCCUCUUCAAGCAGUCGACAGAGGAGGAGCUGCAGGAGAUGGUGGUGGUGGUGCACCUGGCAGAUGCAGACCCUGGGUGGAAUGCGCGUGUGGCCGCCAACAUCGCCCACAAGUUUGCUCACCAGAUCCUCCUGGGCCGGCUCCUGCUUAUCCACGCCCCCCACGAGUUUUAUCCCACCCUGGAAGGCCUGAAGAGAAACUACAAUGACCCAGAGGAGCGGGUGAAGUUCAGGUCCAAGCAGAACGUGGACUAUGCCUUCCUCCUCGCCUUCUCCGCCAACCUCUCGUCCUACUACUUGAUGAUCGAGGAUGAUGUGUGGUGCGCCAAGUCCUUCCUGACGGCCAUCCGCAAGGCACUGGCUUCCCAGGAAGGCUCCAACUGGGCCACCCUUGAGUUCUCCAAGCUGGGCUACAUCGGUAAGCUCUACCGCUCCAGUGACCUUCCUCGCCUGGCUCGCUUCCUCCUCCUCUUCUACCAGGAGAUGCCGUGCGACUGGCUGCUGGUUCACUUCCGCCUCCUGCUCACCCAGAAGGACGUCAUCCGCUUCAAGCCCUCCCUCUUCCAGCACAUGGGCCUCUACUCCUCCUUCCAGGGCACCGUCAACCGGCUGGAGGACGAUGAGUUCCAGGCCGAUGCCUUGGACCUCCCAGACAACCCGCCAGCCGCCUUGUUCACCAGCAUGUCCAUCUUCGAGAACUACGAGCCCCUCAAGGCUUACAGCACGGCAGAGGGGUACUUCUGGGGGAAGGACCCAGCAGCCGGCAGCGUCUUCUCCGUCGUCUUCCAGCAGCCGGCCCGUGUCACCCGUGUCCGGGUACGCACCGGCUCCAGCGAGCGCCGCAGCGAUUUCCUGCACGCGGGGGUGCUGGAGCUGGGCCGGCGGCAGCGGGCCGAUGGCCGCGACUGCGCUGCCUACACCACGGUGGGCACCUUUGAGAAAGGGACCUUUGAGCGGCGGGGCCUGGAGAGGGGCAUGCCCGGCCCCGUGGAGUGCGUGAGGAUCCGGGUGACUCGGAACCAGAGCGAGUGGCUCAUCAUCCAGAGCAUCGACAUCUGGACCGCAACAGACACCUGACCGCGGACGUGGCAGGCUGCCAGAGCGGCUGGAUUUUGUAUUAAGAGAGCCUUUAUUUUUAUCACUCGCUUUUUUGAUAAGGAAUUAAAUUAUUGACUGCC